UUUUCAAUUAAAUUUAAAUCACGGCAAAACGGUAUCGAAGUUUGAUAAUAAGUAUAAAAGAGUCAAACAUGAUAAUAUAAUAUACAGCACCCACCUUUAACAUUGGAAAUAAAUUCUUUACUUCGUUUAUUUUGACCAAAGAACACCAUAAAUUCAAAGUCAAACAUUUUUUAAGAAAUAUUUAUUAAUAAAUAAACAAUAGAAUUUUUAAGAAUACGAAAAACAUUAAGAGGACGCAAUGAAGACAGUGUCACGAAAUAAAGAUAUCGAUAUUGAAGAAAAUGUCGCUGAGCCAAUAGAAAACUUAAGACUCAAACUAAUUUACAAAAUUGUGUUCUUCGCCUUCGGCAUAUUGGCCACUCUUACUAUAUUAAUUUUGAUCCGGUUAUCAGACAACUUGGUUCUGGAGAAGAAGAGACAAGCUUUAAGACACUUCGAGGAGAUUGCUAGCCAUGUCAUUGAGCACCAAAACCACUCUGUAUGAAGAGACGUAAUAUAUAGGUAUAUCCAUGUCAGAUAAAUGCUGAGUUUAGUCCAUAUAUAAACAUAUAGAACGUUAAGGCUGCAUUCAAUUAAAACUUUUUAUAAUUACAUAUUUGAUAUUUCAAAUUAAGAUUUAAUUAUAUUUAUAUGAAAGUUUUUGAUAUAAAUGAGCUACCUGCAAUUUGUAGAGAAAGAGAGAGCUGUGACAGAGGUUAGUAAGCGCAGUAACUAAAUAAACGUUGUUGUCAAUAGUAUUGUUAAUA